AUGGCUUCCAAAUAUCAGAAGCUGCUUAACAAGCGCGUCCUCGUCAUAGGCGGGACGUCGGGAAUCGGUUUCGGUGUAGCAGAGGCGUCACUCGCGUCGGGGGCCUCAGUUAUCGUGUCAUCCUCAAAUCAGUCCCGGGUCGAUGCAGCCGUUGAGAAGCUCAAGGUCGACUUCCCAGACAGCAAGGUAGCCGGCUACGCGUGCGACCUGUCCCAACCUACGGUGGAGCAGGAUAUUGAGAACCUUUUCUCCAAGGUUGGCGAGGUUGACCAUAUAGUCUACUCAGCUGGCGACAAGCUUGCCUCUGCGCCUGUCGAGGAGAUCACGUACGAGAAAAUCAUUGCUGCAGGUCAAGUCCGAUUCAUUGCAGCUCUGCUUGCAGCCAAGGUUGGGAGCAAGCAUCUGAGUCCUGGCCCUCACUCCUCUAUCACACUUACGACUGGCUCUUGGAGCAUGAUCGCGGGAUUCGCUACAGGACUGCAUGGGCUGACAAGGAACCUGGCACUGGACUUGAAGCCGAUCAGGGUGAACUUGGUGAGCCCUGGUGUGGUGGAGACCGAGCUUUGGGACUCCUCGUUUGACCAGGAGACCAAGAAAAAGCAUCUGGAAGGAAUUGCUGGAACACUUCCAACAGGAAGAGUAGCACAGCCUGCAGACGUGGCUGAAGCAUAUUUGUUCCUGAUGAAGGACCCAAGCGUGACCGGCACGGUUGUGGAUAGCAACUCAGGUGCUUUCUUGAUAUAA